AUGCCGUCUUUCUUCAACGGAAAUGCCGAUGUCUGCGAUUCGUACGGUUACAAGUUUCGCCUGACGAAGUUGCACAUGACAUCUGAGCAGCUAGAUCCACUGAAACACAAAUUUGAUGAAGUUGGAUCUGAUGCCCUCGCGGUUAUAGAUUCCAUGUUUCCUCCGUCACCUCCACGAGCUGGUUGGAAUGCCAAAACGAAGACAGAAGCCCCCCAGCCCGAUCGAGACACAUACGCCUUGUUGCGAGACAAUCACUACAAGGAUCCCAAACUUCAGGAUCUCUGGGAUGAGGUCAAUACCAUUCCCGAGUGGGUUGACUGGGAUCAAAUCAAGCGAGGCCAGGAUGUUUUCUAUCGCUACGCACCUGCUGCCAUCGCCGGCUUUGCUUUUCAGGGCCUCCUUGCUACUACAGGAGCUUCCUACCGCCCUGCUGAGACGCUCGUACGAACAGGAGGCCACUCAACCCGAGUGGCCAAGAACCGACUCUUCGAGACCUUCCAGUUGAUCCUCCAGGUCACCAAGUCCCUCGAUGAUGUCAAGCCUGGGGGUGAUGGGUUUGCAUCCGCUGUGCGCGUUCGCCUGCUCCAUGCCUCUGUCCGGGCCCGAAUUCUCAAACUUAACGAUCAGCGUCCCGGGUAUUUUGAUGUUGAAAAGUUUGGUGUGCCCAUCAAUGAGCUUGACUCGAUGCAGUCAGUUUGUGCUUUCUCGACAAAUCUAGUCUGGCUUGCUCUGCCGCGCCAGGGUAUUUACGUUCGCCACCAGGAGGCUCUCGACUACCUCGCGCUCUGGAGAUGGGUUGGCUACGUCUUGGGUACACCACACUGGGUCCUCGAAACCCCCGAGAAGGCUUUAGCUUCGAUGGAAUCCUUGUUGCAUGAUUGCCUCAACCCAAGCAAAAACUCAAAGGUGCUGGCUCAGAAUCUGGUCAAUGCCCUCGAUGGUGUGGCUCCAAUCUAUGAGCCAAAGGAGUUUUUUGAGGCCGGAACUCGCUUUAUCAACGGCAACAAGAUGUGCGAUGAGAUUGGACUCGGAAAGCCCGGAAUCUACUGGCAUGCAGUUGUUCGAGGACAGGCAUGGGCUCUCAUGCUGGUGACCUACGUCUCCCGUUCGAUCCCUGCGUUGGAUAGAUGGCAGAUCGCGACGUACCGGAAGCUCUUUUGGAGCUACGUUGUUGAACACAAGGACGGGCUCAAGGGUGGGUAUGUCUAUGACUUCAAAUACGUUCCUCAACUUGGUUCCCAAACAGGAGUUGAGAAGGUCGACGGCGCAAAGCCAACACUCGGUGUCCAACCUCUUGAGCUUAUUGGGCUUGUCAGCUUCGGCUUUACGUUGUUGGUGGCUAUUGUUAUCACUACCUUGUUGGCAAGAGUUGCAAUUAACACUGCGAGCGACUACCCUCAUGCAUCUAUCGCUAUUAUGAGUUUGGUCAAGCGAUAA